AUACGUAUAGGUUAGUAAAAUGGUAUAGAUUACGUUAAAAGUUUAACUGUUGGCUAUACUGUUGAUAAAAGUGAAUCGUUAAUCAAUAUACCAUUUUUGUAUAUUAAACGAAUCAAAUAAUAUAUAUUUAAUGAAUAUAAGAGUUCAAUUAUUACGAAAUAAACAGUAGUUUAAUCAGUAAUAAAUAUAACGUUACCUUUUUUUAUAUUUUGUCCAUUUAAAUGUUACUAAAUGUCAUUGAAUAGCUUUGAAAAUACACCUUUUCAUUUGGGUUACUGUUAACCAUCAGAUGGAGUUGAAAACGAAUGAGAGCUAAAAUUUAAUAAUUAUUAACCAAGAACCAAUUUUAAGUAAUAUAUCAGUACUGAUAAAUUUAUACCGGCAAGUAAUACGAUUAAUUAGUAACAUUAAUUUAAAUAUUAGGAAAUAUUAUAUUUACAGUAAUAUACAAAUAUGUUGAUCAAAGUGAAGACACUUACGGGCAAAGAGAUUGAAAUAGAUAUAGAACCUACCGACAAAGUAGAAAGAAUCAAAGAAAGAGUGGAAGAAAAGGAAGGAAUACCGCCACAACAGCAGCGGUUAAUAUUUUCUGGCAAACAAAUGAACGACGAAAAAACAGCACAAGAUUAUAAAGUACAAGGUGGAUCGGUACUACAUUUAGUACUUGCGUUAAGAGGAGGCUUAAUGUAGUUUGUUUUUCAUAUGUGACUUUGUAAUUAAUAAAAGCAAAAAUGCGGGAAGGCUACUACUUGUAAGAAAUAACAAAUACGUCAACUUAACAAAAGUUACACUUAAAUUCAGUUUAAAAAAAAUACUUCUUCAAGUAGAGCCAGCAGUAACAUAGAAAUCAUAAGAUUACAUUAACAAUAGAUCAUAUAAAUAAUGUGUUUGUAAUGUGACUAUUAAAAGUAUUUCUAGCUUCUAUAAAUAUAUUGGAUUAUUUUUUUACUUUUUUUUUUAUUUACUUAUUUUAAUGUAGUAUGCAUAUCUAUUUAAUUCUACGACACAUAAUGGAAAGACAACAAUAGUGAAUAAAUGA